UCGACUCCGCUGGAGACUGCCAAGUGGGAGGCCCCGAGACACUAAGAGUAAAAAUAAACCCAGCGCCCGCGGUGGAGACCCUGUAGGCCUGCUGGGCUGGAGAAGGGAGCGAGAGCCAGCCUUUUCUGUUUGUACACCCGAUCUUGUUCCUCUUCCCUCUGUCAUUUUCUUAAUUAUAAAUUAUGGAGGAUGAAGAUAAAAGAAUUACAUGUGAAGAUUCAGAACCAUCAACAGGAAUGAAUCACAUGGCCUCUAUGCAUCAAGAAACACAGGAGGAGACAGUUAUGAACCUCAAAGGCAUAGAUGGAAAUGAACCAACAGAAGGCAGUAUCCUAUUGGAUAGCAGUGAAAAAAAACUACAAGAAACACCAACUGAAGCAAAUCACAUACAAAAACUGAGACAAAUGCUGGCUUGCCCUCCACAUGGUUUACUGGACAAGGUCGUAACAAACGUUACCAUCACUGUUCUUCUGUGGGCUGUGGUUUGGUCAAUUACUGGCAGUGAAUGUCUUCCUGGAGGAAACCUUUUUGGAAUUAUAAUCCUAUUCUAUUGUGCCAUCACUGGAGGUAAACUUUUGGAGCUUAUCAAGUUACCUACAUUGCCUCCACUGCCUUCCCUUCUUGGCAUGCUGCUUGCAGGGUUUCUCAUCAGAAAUAUCCCAGUCAUCAAUGAUAAUGUACAGAUUAAGCACAAGUGGUCUUCCUCUUUGAGAAGCAUAGCCCUGUCUAUCAUCCUGGUUCGUGCUGGCCUUGGUCUGGAUUCAAAGGCCCUGAAGAAGUUGAAGGGUGUUUGUGUAAGACUGUCCAUGGGUCCCUGUAUUGUGGAGGCAUGCACUUCUGCUCUUCUUUCCCAUUACCUGCUGGGUUUACCAUGGCAAUGGGGAUUUAUACUAGGUUUUGUUUUAGGUGCUGUAUCUCCAGCAGUUGUGGUACCUUCAAUGCUCCUUUUGCAGGGAGGAGGCUAUGGUGUUGAGAAAGGUGUCCCAACCUUACUCAUGGCAGCUGGCAGCUUCGAUGACAUUCUUGCUAUCACUGGCUUCAACACCUGCUUGGGCAUAGCCUUUUCCACAGGGUCCACUGUCUUUAAUGUCCUCAGAGGAGUUUUGGAGGUGGUAAUUGGUGUGGCAACUGGAUCUGUUCUUGGAUUUUUCAUUCAAUACUUUCCAAGCCGUGACCAGGACAAACUUGUGUGUAAGAGGACAUUCCUUGUGUUGGGGUUGUCUGUGCUAGCUGUGUUCAGCAGUGUGCAUUUUGGUUUCCCUGGAUCAGGAGGACUGUGCACGUUGGUAAUGGCUUUCCUUGCAGGCAUGGGAUGGACCAGUGAAAAGGCAGAGGUUGAAAAGAUAAUUGCAGUUGCCUGGGACAUUUUUCAGCCCCUUCUCUUUGGACUAAUUGGAGCAGAGGUUUCUAUUGCAUCUCUCAGACCAGAAACUGUAGGCCUUUGUGUUGCCACUGUAGGCACUGCAGUAUUAAUACGAAUUUUGACUACAUUUCUGAUGGUGUGUUUUGCUGGUUUUAACUUAAAGGAAAAGAUAUUUAUAUCUUUUGCAUGGCUUCCAAAGGCCACAGUUCAGGCUGCAAUAGGAUCUGUGGCUUUGGACACAGCAAGGUCACAUGGAGAGAAACAAUUAGAAGACUAUGGAAUGGAUGUGUUGACAGUGGCAUUUUUGUCCAUCCUCAUCACAGCCCCAAUUGGAAGUCUACUUAUUGGUUUACUAGGCCCCAAGCUUCUCCAGAAAGUUGAACCAAAUAAUGAUGAAGAAGUUCAAGGAGAGACUUCUGUGCAAGUUUAAAGUUGAAAAGAAUGCUGAACAUAAUGGUUAAAAAGCUGCUACUUUUUUCAAGAUGCAUAUUGAAAAACGUAAUGUUUAAACUUAAAAUGUAAUAGAACCAAGUGUAGCUAUUUCUUUAAACAGCAUUUUUAGCCCUUACUCUUUCCAUGUGGGUGGUAAUGGUCUACAUCACCAAUCCUAAUCUCUCUACCAUUUCUUUUCAAACACCCCUUUAUUAACUAUUUUAAUUUGCAUAGGGACAUAUCUACUUUAAUGUACUACCACAGUUUACAGUUAACAUGGGAAACACCAGUUUCAAUAUCCUCUUCAGCUCGGAUUACUCUUUUAACUUUCACAGUUUCCUGAUUCAUAUUUGCGCAGUCUCUGAUGCCUUGAAUUGGUUUUGGCUCUUCUUCUUUUAUUUUGUUUCUGUUGUUAAACAUCAUAAUGCCAUCUCUCAUUAAUUUCUACCCUCAUUUUCCCUAAUAAUCUGCCUCUUCUUCAUUUCUACCUCCCUUAGUACCUUUCUCUGAAUUACUGUAACUAAUUGGUCCCACCAAAAUUGUAAAGUACAUGAAGUAUGUUCAUUGGUUCAUCCUCUUGCCUCCUCUGGAUGUCAAAAAACUGUAUCCUGCCCCCUAGCUGACCAUCCAGGUUCCUUUAUUUUAGUGGCCUGUGUGAGUCGACCUUCCCCUAAGGAGUGCCCUUAGCCAGCCCUUUUUUAAAUUUGUUUCUUAUGACCCGUAUCUUUAGGUUCUUCCCAUUUCUAGGUAGGAGAUAGAUAAGUUUCAAAUCUAUGCCAGACUCAUGAAUAUUACAUUAGGGUAAUGUGCCACAAUGAAGAAAGGAAAAAUACAGUGCCUAAAAGAAAAUAGAAUUCUAUUUCCCUCUAAUGAAACUGGCUGGUUGUUUGAUACUAACAGGGUUACCCUGUUCAUGGCUCAUGAGGCCUGCUCAGAGUCCCAUGUCUUUCUGUCCUGAAGCUCUGCCAUGCCCUAGCUUAGGACAUGGCUUAACCUAUUUAUGCCAGAGGUUGCAAAAUUUUUUUUGUGAAAAAUAAGACCUUGGCAAUGACCUUGAGCAGUAGGAUAUAAAUAACUCCCACAAGCAUAGAAUUCCAAUAAUGGAACACUAGGCAUAAAUGGGUUAAAAAUGGAUCUCUACCAUAUCUCCAUUCUAGCUCUCAAAGAAGGAAAAUGCAAGUAAAGCAGUUUAUUUUUGAGGAAGUGAUAUGGAAGUUGGACAUGUCUCUUCUCCUACACUUAUUGGUGAUGAUCAUAUUAAGCUGGGAGGCAGCUAAGUGUUGUCUCUAGCUAAGCAUUCAUACUCCUAGGAGGAACAAAACGUCAUAUUUUGGGGGCCAGAGCUUCCACUGUGUUGGCUGUUACCAUCACUUAGUAGCAUAUUCUUACAUGUAAACAAAAGAUUUUGAAAGGCAUUGCCUUAAACCAAAAUUGUUACAUGCCAACAGAAAAAAUAUUAGAAGAAAGGCUUCUCUGCAUCAUAUUUUGUCCUACUUUGUAACAGGCCAUCUCUGCUUUUGUGUAUCACUCAUAAGUUACUCUUCACUCUAGGUCAUCUUCUGUGUAGUUGCUAAAAUAAUCAGAUUCACAUGAAGUUUACAGUUUUUACCAUGUUAUCUGUGUACCUGAAGUAUUUAUUAUAUACUUGUCAUAUCCUAUCUAAACUCCUUGACCUAGAAUUCAAAGGUCAUUUUAAUCUUGAGGUAGAUAUUAAAUACAUAUUAGAUGAAUGAAUUAUGAAUGUCCUAAUCCCAACAAGCUGAUCUGCAUAAAUAAAGCCUGUCCAUUUCUCUCUUCAUUAGACUUCUGUUCAAGCCUUAUCCACCAUACCUUUCACCUCUAUUCAAAACUAGUUUAAUAUUCUCCUCUUCUAAAUGACCUUCAAUUUUAUGUCCACCUGAUUUUGGUUACCCUAUGGUGCUGUACUCCUUUAGUGUUUGUGCUCUUUUUUUUUUUGUACACAGUUGUUAAAAGCAUCUUUAUUUGUAAAUGCAAAAAUCUGAAAACAAUCCAAAUGUCAAACAAAUGAAUGAAUAAACAAAUGGUGAUAUACCCUUCCAAUGGAACACCACUCAACAAUAAAAAAGAAAUAAUCUAUUGAACUUGUUACAACAUGGAUGGAUGCUGGGCAAAGGAAGUCAGACUAAAGCGUGCAUACUGAGUAAUUCCAUUAGAUAAAAUUCUUAUCUAUAGUGACAGAAAUAAUCAAUAGUAAAAGUUAGCAGAUCAGUAGUAAACAGAUUAGGAAGGUGAGUGAGAAAAUGAAAUUAAAACAGGUCAUGAAGAAAUUUUUGCAGAUAAUGAAUAUCAUUACAUUCUAAUGAUGAAUUCACAAAUGUACAUAUCAAAACUUCUCAAAUUGCACAAUUUAAAUAUGUGUAGCUUAUUGUAUAUCAAUUUUACCUAAGUAAAACUAUUCACAAAGACAGGCUAAGGAAUUCUUGGAAUAAUAUAUCUGUAUAUGUAUAUAUUAUUUGAUGAAAAUGAUCAAUAAAGAGAUAUAAUUUCAGAUUUUUAAUUAGCUCAUAACACCCCUUCCCUUCUCUGGCAUCUGCUCAACAAUUUUUAGUGCUAGGUGUUAGGUUCAUAUGAGAUAUAAUUUAAUAUAUUUUAAGAUAUUUCUAAAUAUAUUUUAGAAAAUUUUAUAUAAUUUUGAAAUAUAAACUUAUCAAAUAUUUUAAAAUAUCAAAUAUUAAACAAAUAUUUAAUUGUGAAUUAUAAUAUAAAUACAUAUAUGAAUAAUGUAAAUAUAUACAUAAUCAUUUAUAUUGUUGAAACUCUCCAAUGUCCUUUCCUUGCACUUAAAAUAUAAUCUAAAUUCUUUACUAUGGUUUUGAACUCUCCCCCCGUGACUGUUUCAUGAUCUUAAUUUGGACUUGAUUAACUUAUACAAAAGGUCAGAUAAGUAUUUUGAACUGAACUUCACUGGUUAGGUACACUUUGCUGGGGGCACUAUAAACUUAAUACUCAUCUGGUCCUCUAUUUUUGCAGGCUCUGAAAGUAGCUGCAUUCAAAAAAUACUUACUGAAAGCUUUGGAGAUCCAGGCACAUCAUCAAGAUUCAUAUUGUUCCUGUCCUUAAAAAUUUAACAGCCCAGUAGAGAAGACAGACAAUUAAACAAGAGAAUGCAAAACAAUAUGAUAAGUGCUAUUAUACAUUUACUACAGGGGUUCCAGGGAGCUCAUAGCAGAAGCACUCAAUUCAAGGCUGGUGGAGUUUAGGCACAGCUUCCCAGAGAAAUUAGGACAUUGGCUGAGGGCUGAUUAGGACUUACCCAGCAAAAGGGAUGUGAGACUAAAAGGUGUUACACUUCAUGCUGUUUCCCAGGUCAUCAGUGGCAUUUUCUCCAAGUAACAGCGUGGAAUACUUAUUAACUUAUACAAAAUACAGUUAGUAUAACUAAAUCAGAAUGCUAUUGAAAACAUUUAAAGCCCCAAGGAAAAUUAGAAAUGGAAGUCCACAGAGUAUAGAAUUGAUUGAAGGGCACUUCAAGCCAUUGCCAAUACCUGUUUCAUUUUACAGGGCAUGCAACAAGUUAUUUUCUACCUCUAAGAGGGCAGCCACCAUCUAAAUCUCUGUGACUGCCCAGUGCUGGCCUUUUGACUUCCUCUGUUGAAUCUCUGAAAUUUGUGCCUAUUCCUGGAAGCUCUUUGUAGGAAUUUAUUAAUUGCUAUAAGACUAUGUUGCUAUUACAUAACAUGGAGAUGGUGCAGUGAAGAAUGACAGAGGCUGACCAUUCAGCAGGGCUCACCAUGUGAAGGCCAGACUUUAUCACCACAUUGAAAACCACAUCUCUUUACUUCAUUGGUGAAAUUAGAGUUAACCUCAUAGAGUACUGACCAACCAAACCUAGCCGCACUUAAACCACAGAUAGAAACAAUUACUGUAACCUUUGGAUCCCUUAUACAUACUUCUGUCAGAGCACAUAUAACACUUUUUUUCCAUUUAUUUACAUGGUUGUCUAUUAUAAAAUCAGUCCCUAUGGGUAGGAACCUUGUCUUAAUUAUCUUUGAACAUCAGCAUUUUUCACAGGGCAUAGAACAUAGUAGACAUUUAAUAAACAUUUACUGACUAAAUCUGAGAGGAAUAGAAUUCUCAGUAUCAGAAAACUACUUGCCACACAGCAGUUCAGAUCUUAGUCCACUUAGUCUAUCUAAAUCAGCUUGGGCUGCUAUAACAAAAUACCAUACACUGAGUAGCUUACACAACAGAAACAUAUUUCUAUUAAAGUCUGGAAUUUCAUGGUCAGGAUGCCAGCAUUGUUGGGCUCUCAUGAAGUCUCUCUUCCUGGCUUGCCAAUGGCCACCUUCUCACAUGUUGCCAAGAAAGAGUAAGCAAGCUCUCUGGUUUCUCUUCUUAUAAAGGCACUCUAAUCACAUCAUGAAGGUCCUACCCUCAUGAGUCUGAGGCAUGAGGAUUGCUUGAACCCAGGGGGCAGAGGUUGCAGUGAGCUGAGAUCGCUCCACUGCACUCCAGCCUGGCAAAUCCCCAUAUCCAAAUACAUCACAUUGGAGGUUAGGGCUUCAACAUAUGAAUUUGUAGGGAAGGACAUAAUUCAGUCCCUGACAGAAGUGUCAUAUUUCAUUUUUCUCUUUGGUAUUAACUCCAAGUCACCUUGAUUGAUCUUGAUGUACUCAGAAUUACCUCAGGUGUAUAUUUGCAAAUGAUCUCAUCUACUACAUUCUUUAAAAAUAGUAUUGAUUACUUCUUCUGAUUAUAAAAUAACACACUUUCAUUGUAGAAAAUUUAGAACACAGAAAAAUACAAAGAAGAAAACAAACUAUUUUAAUAUAAACAUCUAUUUUAUUUUGAUUCUUGUAAAUUGUACUGCAGUUUUGGGGGAUGUAUUAUUUUCAGAAAGAUAUAUCAUCUACUGAAUUCAUUGGGUGAAAGGCAUACUUCAUGUUUGACUUUUAUGAUGCUAUGUAGAUUGAAGAAUUUUGUUGUACAUAAUGAAUGCUAAGCCUUAAAAAAAGCAUAUGUUUAUAUUCAAAUAUUCAUUUUGCAAUGAAUAAAACACAAAUCCCUGCCUUCA